AUGGAUGUGAGAAUAGGGUUUGUGGUGUUUUUGUGUGUUCUUCCGGUGAUGGUCUCAGCCAUUCGCCCUCACCUAACCCCUUUCUAUGUCAAGGGUCGUGUCUAUUGUGACCCUUGUCGUGCUGGUUUUGAGACACCCCUCACUACCUACAUUGCUGGUGCGGAGGUUACUCUGGUAUGCAAGGACAGAAUCAGAGGUAUUAUUGUGUACAGCAAGAUGGUUAAGACCGAUUCCUCAGGAUCAUAUACGAUCUUCGUGGACGCGAAUCAAGCUAACCAAAACUGUGAUGCGAGUCUUGUAACCAGUCCUCUACGUGACUGCAACGAACCCACUCCAGGGCGUGAUCACUCACGUGUUAUUCUCAAUCGCUACAAUGGUAUUGCUACCAAUGAUAGGUUUGUCAACAACUUGGGUUUCAUGAAGAAAAAGAUUGCAUCAGCUUGUGCAAGGAUUUUCAGACGAUACCGAGAUUAUGAUGAUGAGAAUUAG